AUGUUGUUUGUUUCGGAGCGAUGGCGGCGAUUUGUCGAAUUCGAUCGAAUGGCUUCUAUUAUCCCUGCUGAAGAGAUUUCCAUCAUAGAGAAAUCGUGCAUGGAAGUGCUUGAAAGCGCUAGGAGGAGAUGUGACCAAAUUAUCGACGGUCUUCUGCGCAUAUACUGCCGAGGCAAACGGGAUUGUGUCUCCAAAAUCGCUCGUAAUAUCACCUUGGAAAGCUAUGAACAUAACAAAAAACUGGCGGUCUACAUGCGGGAGAUAUCACCUGCGGAGAAAAUACACGCAAAUCUCGACAGUGUGGACAGAAUGGCCUGCGACGUCCGUGCAGAUCUUCUUUCAAGGUGA